AUGGCCCCCUCGGCUAUCUCCUCCACUCCUCCCCCCAACGAGGCCCCGUCCUCCCUCGCCAGCUACAAAGGCUACCACCAUGUCCACUGGUACGUGGGCAACGCCAAACAAGCCGCCUCAUACUAUAUCACCCGCAUGGGCUUCAAGCGUGUCGCCUACCGCGGUCUAGAGACAGGAAACCGAGUCAUCUGCUCACACGUCGUCCGCAAUGGAGACGUCACCUUUGUCCUCACCUCACCUCUGCGCUCUUUAGACAAGACCAGCAGCUUCACCCCCGAAGCCGAAGAACAGGCGCAACUUGAAGAAGUUCACAACCAUCUCGAGAAGCACGGCGAUGGCGUCAAGGAUGUUGCGUUUGAGGUCGACUCCGUCGAUGCAGUUUACUACGCUGCCUUGAAGAACGGUGGCAAGGUCGUCUCUAAGCCUAAACUGUUGGAGGAUUCGCACGGCCAUGUCAAGGUGGCCACGAUCAAAACAUAUGGAGAGACUACUCACACCUUGGUGGAGACGGGCUCUUACAACGGCUCUUUCCUGCCCGGCUUCCGUCUGGAGACUGGGCCUGAAGACCCUAUCUCUAAGCUGCUGCCGGGAGUCAACUUGAAACGGGUUGACCACUGUGUCGGAAACCAGGACUGGGAUGAGAUGGACAAGAUCUGUGAAUACUACGAGAAAGCCCUAGGCUUCCACCGUUUCUGGUCCGUUGACGACUCCCAAGUCUGCACCGAAUUCUCCGCUCUCAAGAGCAUCGUCAUGGCCUCCCCCAACGAACUCGUAAAAAUGCCCAUCAACGAACCCGCGCACGGCAAAAAGAAAUCCCAAAUCGAAGAAUACGUCGACUACUACAACGGCGCCGGCGUGCAACACAUCGCCCUCCUAACCGACGAUAUCAUCCGCGACAUCACAAACCUCAAAGCCCGUGGUGUCGAGUUCAUCAAAGUCCCCGAUACGUACUACGAGGAUGUCAAGGUGCGGCUUAAGAAGGCCGGACUGACUCUUCAUGAGGACUUUGAUACGAUUCGCAGUUUGGAUAUUUUGAUUGAUUUUGAUGAGGGUGGGUAUCUUUUGCAGUUGUUUACCAAGCAUCUGAUGGACCGACCGACUGUGUUCAUUGAAAUCAUCCAAAGACACAACUUUGAAGGUUUCGGUGCUGGCAACUUCAAGUCGCUUUUCGAAGCUCUCGAACGGGAACAAGAACUGCGUGGAAAUCUCGUUUAG